ACGGCUGGGCCCUUGUUUUUUCCUAGUGUACUUAGUUGUUGUGCGCGUUUUGACGCCAAAAAUUCACCAAACUCGUACAACAUCGGGGGCGCGUGGCGGCCCUCGGUGGUCCGAACAGCAACACAAGUACAAGGCUCGCAGCAUUGUAACGGCUUUUUAAGCAGUUAAUCUACAUGAUGAAGAGGAACAUAAAGAUGCACCUGCCACUAGGUCUCUUCGGGUAUUUUGUGUUGGGAUCAAAAACCGAGGACAAGAUAUCGCAGUACCAGUCUUAAGGCAGUUGGACUUCGACGAGAUUCAGAUUUAGAAGUAAAAGUUAUUUUCUGAUGACGAAGAUUGAGAGAGAAGCUCGAGAUUUAGAUACAAAAGGAAGAGUUGUCUGAUGACGAGGAUCUUACUUCGUUCAGGAGCAUGAUCUUUUUAAGUAGAUUCAUUGAAAAGACGAGAGUAACCAAAAGCAAAAUUGUUAAAUGUUUGUCCCACUAAGAGGCAUUUGUAAGUAAAUCUAGUGUGGUACACUAGUAAACAUUAGCUGGCCGUACAAGUAGAGCAGUUCUAACAUGAGAAAGGAGUGAGGAAGGUGAAUGAUGUUGAGUCGUCAAUAUAUUGGAGGCCUUCCGCCAAUAAAGGGCCCUAUGCCUUAGAUUACAGAUGUCGGGCAGGGUAACUCCGAUUCGAGGCGUCAUUUCCUAUCCACCUAUCCCACAUGGUGUAUUCUCAUUUAUAACCGCUUAUGUUGAUAUGUUAUGAUAUCCAGAUGAUUAGUAGAGUAGUAGUAAAUGCAUCGCAAUCCAUGCAUUUCUAGACCUAGGUCGUAAAUGAUAAAGAACUCUAAUUAUUUGCUUCUAUGGGGAGUUCUUCAGACUUCGCAGUAUCAUCAGGGGGCUCUUCACCAGAAUCCGCAGCAUCAUCAAGUGGCUCUUCUGUAUCAGAGUCCGCAAGCAGUUCUUCACUGCUAGCUCACGAGGGAAGUCCAUCUUUUUCGCAGAAGGGCGUUGCUGGUGCAGCAGUUGAUGUCAUGAUGCAACGAAAACUGGACCAAGGUUAUGGAAUUUGUUUAAUAGAGUACGUCGUCCAUCGAGAAGCAUAAACCAGGGUCAGGGAAAUUGACCUCCUGGUGAUCUUCAUAUUAUAAUCAUGUUCCUACAAGAACAAAAAGCAUCGUAUAAUUACUACCGCGACUCUUUACAAGUAAAUAAUACAAGAAGAUCAUGAGGCAACAACUGCUCUAAAAUGUUGGUGGAGCCGACCAACACAGGAGCCAUAGGAGGAGGCACCCUUGCAGCAGUCCCUGA